UUCGCCAGAUUCUUUUAAGAGUUCAAAAGUACAAAGCUCUUCAGGAGGCUUGCUCUUUUGAAAUAUUUUUUCAGAGGUUAAAAAUUAAAUUUCAAAAGAAUAUCUGGGGUGGAAGAAAGUUCUCAGUAGAGACACAGACCCUGAACACCUCCAACAUGAAGCUUGUUCAUGUUUUUCUGUUACUUUUGUGCUUCUGCUUAAGUUUUUGCAAGGCCACUUUGACAUCAGACACAUCUCAAGAGGAUCUGCUGGAGAAAAAGUGCUUGGCGAAAAAAUACACACACCUGUCCUGCAAUAAGGUCUUCUGCCAGCCGUGGCAAAAGUGCAUCGAAGGGACUUGCAGGUGUAAACUCCCGUAUCAGUGCCCAAAGAACAGCACUGUGAUGUGUGCGACUAACGGGAAAAGCUACCCGACAUACUGUCAUCUGAAGAGCUUGGAAUGCCUUCAUCCAGCGACAAAGUUCUUAAAUAAUGGAACAUGCAAAGCUGAAGGAAAAUUCAGUGUUUCCUUGUAUGGAACUGCAGACUCAGAGGGAAUUGUUGAAGUCCAACUCGUAGACCAAGAUAAGAAAAUGUUCAUAUGUGACAGCAGCUGGAGCAUAACGGAAGCCAACGUGGCCUGCUUUGACCUCGGAUUUCAGCAAGGUGCUCUCGGUAUUCGAAAAAGGUUCAAUUUUCCUGAGGAAACUUAUUUAAAUUCCACCGAAUGUGUGCAUGUGCUUUGUCGGGGAUUCGAGACCAGUUUGGCUGAAUGCACUUUUACUAAGAGAAGAGCCAAGGGUUACCAGGGUUUAGCGGGCGUGGUGUGUUACACACAGAACACAGAAGUACCAACAGAUGAGUCCUUUGAGUGUGUAAACGGGAAACACAUUCCUCGGACGAAGGCCUGUGACGGUGUCGACGACUGUGGGGACCGGAGUGACGAGCUGUGCUGUAAAGGUUGCCAAGGUGACAGCUUCCUUUGCAAAUCGGGGGUUUGUAUUCCAAGCCAGCAAAAAUGCAACGGUGAGGUGGACUGCAUUACGGGAGACGACGAAGUUGGUUGUGAAGGAGCCAGACAUACUGCAAUACAAGGCUUUGCACCUGUGGCUCAAGAAGAAACAGAAACUUUGACUGCUGAUAUGAAUGCAGAAAGAAAACGGAUAAAGUCAUUGUUACCCAAACUGUCCUGUGGAGUUAAGAACAGCAGCCACGUGCGAAGGAAACGCGUGGUGGGAGGAAGCCUCGCCCAGGACGUGGGAGACUUCCCGUGGCAGGUGGGAAUCAAGGAAGCCGACGGCAUCUCCUGUGGGGGAAUUUAUAUCGGUGGCUGCUGGGUUCUGACCGCUGCACAUUGUGUCAGAGUCAGCAAAAUACACCGUUACCAAAUCUGGACAUCAUUAUUAGACUGGGUAAAAUAUAAUCGUGAGAUAAAAGUCGAACUGGUGAAUAGAAUUAUUAUCCAUGAAAAAUACAACGCAAGCACCUACCAAAAUGACAUAGCUUUGAUAGAACUGAAAGGCUACCCCAACCCAAAAAUCUGUGAGCUGCCUCAGUCCGUCCCAGCCUGCAUCCCCUGGUCUCCAUACCUGUUCCAACCUAACGACAGAUGCAUCAUUUCUGGCUGGGGCCGAGGAAAAGAUAAACAAAGGGUCUUUUCACUUAAGUGGGGUGCAGUUAACCUAAUUGGCAACUGCUCUAAGUUUUACCCAAAUCGCUUCUACGAAAAAGAGAUGGAGUGUGCAGGGACAGUUGACGGUUCCAUCGAUGCCUGUAAAGGGGACUCUGGAGGCCCCUUAGUCUGUAUGGAUGCCAACAACGUGACUUAUGUGUGGGGUGUCGUGAGUUGGGGCGAAAGCUGUGGGAAACCAGAGUUCCCCGGUGUCUACACCAAAGUGGCCAAUUAUUAUGACUGGAUUAGCUACCAAGUGGGACGGUCUCUUAUUUCUCAGUAUAAUAUAUAAAAUUGUCAUCGCCCUCUUCUUUUUACUUUUUUUUCCCCUCUCAGUUGUUCCAUUUUAAUUGAAACUGCGUAAUGAAGACUUCUCUAAGGGCAAAAAUGAAGCAAAUCUCAUUGGAUAUUUUCAAAGGUCUCUGCAAAGUUUAUGCGACAUUGGAAUUUUUCUGUAUAAUUCUCAAAUAAAAUAUUUCGGUCAAGUAUGCAAA